AUGCUACUCCGGCAUUGGACAGAUGAGAUAGCCAGAAUAGCACUCGCCGUUGACUACGAAGGCAACGGCUAUCGGCGGCUGGUGGCCAUGUGCGUCGAGAACGAGGGUCUCCUUAGCGCUAUGCUUGCCGUCGCUGCUAGCCAUCGAAGCAAGUGGAUGAGAUCAACCGACACGGAGUCGAGUAAAUAUGCGCGGAGGGCAAUACGGCACCUGCAGAGCCAGCUGAAAACCCCGGCCGCUGCGAAAGGGGAGGGUGUCCUGGCGACCAUGUUGUGCUUGACGUCGUAUGAGGUAUUCAACGGGUCGAGGAAGUGGAUGAUGCAUUAUCGCGCUGUAGCCGGGUGGAUACGCUCUCAGAAAGACACCUCAGCGCUGGAUCCGUUCUUCAAAACCUGGAUCGCCAUGAUCGAGACGCAGAUGGCGUUAAAUACUGGAGCUAGCUUACUUCCUGAAAUCGAAUCCUGGCUCGACGUCGGACAGAGCCACGCGAUUGACCCGUUUUUCGCGCAGGGUUGCUCCGUUCUUCUCCCAAGACUGAUGCUCAAAGCCUCCCGCCUCUCCCGCACCACCACCACCACCCCAGCAACAGCCGGCCCCACCAUCUCCCCCUCCGCCUCCCUCCACCACCGCGCCUCCCUCCUCCAAGACGAAAUCGCCUCCACCGCCGCCAGCCCCACCUCCCCGCUCCGCCUCUCCGUCACCAUCCCGACCCACCACACCGGCGCUACCAACAACAACAGCAAUAACAACAACAACACCGCCGCCGCCAUCGCCGCCGAAAUCUUCCGCCACGCAUUGCACAUCUACGUCUUCCGCGCCUCGCACCCGCCCUCAUCACCCCUCGACGCGCGCGCCCGCCGCAGCGUCGACGAGGCGCUCAGCCUGCUCGCGCUCGUGCACGACGCGGCGGGGCCGCUGUCGAACAUGGGGUGGGCGCUGGUGGUGGUCGGCGUGGAAGUAGCGGCGGAUAGCGGCGCGCGGGCGUUCCUGAGGUCGAAGUGGGCGGCGUUGCAUUUGUUGGGGAUUGAGAAUAGUUUGGCGUCGGAGGGGAUUGUGUUGGAGUGGUGGAGGAGGUGGGAUGAGGGGGGGAAGAGGAUGGUGGGGGAGGGGGAGGGGGCGGGGGAAAAGGGGGGGUGGUUGGAGUUAAUGAGGUUGGGGGGUGAGGAGCUUGUUCCGUUGGUUUGA